GUGAGUAAAGUGGGAACUUUCUGCGUCGCAGCGUCGAGGAGACUCACUCUCUCAUUCUGUGACUACCUGAAUUACACUCGGGAAAAUUAUAUAAACUAUACUCUAAUAGGAGCGUCCGACAGGGGGAGAAAUUAAAGGCACCGUCCCUACAUGUUGGUGCGAACAGCUCGGCUGGUGCCCCUCAUCACCUCCAGUCACCUGUAUUUCUCUCACACCUCCUUUGUCAGACAGAUAUUUCAGUGGAAACUACGCGGCACUGCUUGUACUGCUGCUGCUUUCAGCAGGAAAUUGAAAACUAUGGAGCCUGUGAAAGACUCUCAGGAGACGGCGGUCCCCGUUACCGACACCUCACCUACGUCUACUGGACCCUUAGCUGAGGAUUUGAGUCCAGCUACGUCGGACACGCCAUCGGACGAGAAGACGACGACGCUGCCUCCUGUGGGUCUUUUACCGGGGGAGACAGUGGUCAAGGAGGGGAAGGCGGCCAUCUUGUUUCCCAGUGCAAAUGAGGUGUUUUACAACCCAGUGCAGGAGUUUAAUAGAGAUCUGACAUGUGCGGUGAUCACAGAGUUUGCCAGAGAUUUCAUGGCUCAGCGCGGGGUGAAGGUGGUGGUGCCCGGAGAGAAAGACAGAGUGGUGGUGUCUCUGACGGAGGAAACAAACGAGGCCGACGCACAGGUGGAGGAGAAGAACGGAGCAGAGGAGCCGUCUGUUACGGCAACAGUGGGGGAGAAAUGUGACCGUGGUCUUCAUGUCCUGGAGGGUCUGGCAGCAUCUGGUCUGCGCUCUGUGCGCUUUGCUCUGGAAGUCCCGGGCCUAAAUAGCGUCACUGCCAACGACUUCUCCACCAAGGCCGCGGCCCUGAUCGCUCGUAAUGCCCAGUACAACGGAGUCAGCCACCUGCUCCAGGCCAGCUGCAGGGAUGCCAGUAUGCUGAUGUACGAAAUGCGAGGGAAGAAGGAUCGCUACGAUGUCAUCGAUCUGGAUCCCUACGGUAGCCCCUCCUGUUUUCUGGACGCUGCCGUACAGGCCGUCAGUGAAGGAGGCCUGUUGUGUGUAACAUGUACAGACAUGGCCGUCAUGGCUGGAAACAGUGGAGAGACCUGCUACAGCAAGUACGGCUCCAUCUCCAUCAAAGCUAAAUACUGUCAUGAGAUGGCUCUUCGAAUCAUCCUCCACAGUUUGGACCAGAGAGCAGGAGUUUACCAGCGAUACAUUCAGCCCCUGCUGUCGGUCAGCGUUGACUUCUACAUUCGAGUCUUUGUUCGAGUCUUCACGGGACAGGUUAAAGUUAAAAACUCAGCCAGUAAACAGGCUCUGGUCUACAACUGCGUCGGCUGCGGCUCUUUCCACUUGCAGAGAAUGGGCAAGAGAACGGUCAAUGGGAAACAUAUGAAGUAUUCUGCUGCCACUGGACCUCCAGUGGGACCAGAGUGUGACCACUGUGGACAGAGACAUCAGAUGGGCGGUCCCGUGUGGGCGGAGCCUAUCCACGACACCGCGUUCGUCCAAAAGGUUCUGUCCGCUGUGUCGGGGAACCCGUCUCGAUUUGGAACGUCCAAACGCAUCGAGGGCAUUCUGAGCAUGGUGACAGAGGAGCUGGAAGAUGUUCCUCUUUAUUACACUGUGGAAAGUCUGAGCAGCACGAUACACUGCACCACUCCGCCCCUGCUCCAGUUCAGGUCUGCCCUUCUUCACGCCGGUCACAGAGUCUCCCUCUCCCACGCCUGUAAGAACGCCAUCAAGACGGACGCUCCUCCCGCCGUCCUCUGGGACAUCAUGCGAUGUUGGGAGAAGGCGAAUCCUGUGAAGAGGGAGAAACUGUCGGAGACGAGCCCGGCCUUUAAGAUCCUCUCCACCGAGUCCAAACUCGAAGCCUGUUUCACCGUCAGGGAGGACGCCAACCCACAGUCCCGCAAACGGCACCUGACCCGGUUCCAGGAGAAUCCUCAGGCGUUCUGGGGACCCAAAGCUCGCGCAAGAUCCAAUGGUGGCGGCAUCGCUACAAACUUGCAGGACAAGAGGAAGAAGCUCCAGAACAAGCGGAAGAACCAGAUCAUGGACUCGUCGCAGCUCAAAGACUUUCCCUGCAAGAAGUUCAGACAGGGAACGUGCACACAGGGAGAGAAAUGCUGCUACUCCCACAACCCGGAGCAGACCAAUAAUGAGGAGAAAAUGGAAUAAAUGAUUCAACCACAUUUAGUUUAUUUUUAAAAACAAAUCAUUUAAUUCCUCCGGACGGAAGUUGGUUUUGAAUGAUCCUGGCAGCCUGGAUUAAAAUGAGGAAGAUCCGCCGCUGUCGUUAAUCUGUUAAUGUACAGAAUAUUUCUAGUUUUAUGCCAAAGUUUUUUGUUUUCUUUAGAUUUUAAGUUUUUUUGUUUUUGUUUUUUUGGACUUUUGUUUACACAAACACCAAUAAAGUCCUCGCUGUGACUUUAAAUGUUA